CCUAACCCUCCGAGCUGGGAGGUAUGGCGCGCUCGAAGGCGCCCAGGGCAUUUGUCCUGCGCAGGCAUUUGCUGUGCGCAGCUGCGGCGAUGGCGCUUCUCGUCGUGUGGGCAAUGUGGAUGAGCAAGGAAAAUGAGGAGGCCGGGAGCGGCCACACGAGGUAUCUGUACUGGGGAUCCAGAAUUGAUUGCCCUGGCAAGAUGUGUGAGGCCUGUGGAGGUCUGGGACACCAAGAAUCCAGCCUACGCUGCGCUCUGGAGGAGGCGAUUCAUCUAAACAGGACAUUUGUGCUUCCUUCGACGAUCUGCAUUGUUGGAAAGCACAACGAUCGAAUGCUUCCUGGGACGUCCUCCAGUUGGGACUCGAGAGAGUGUGCUGUGGAGGCUUUGUACGAUUUGGAUCUCAUGUCCUCUACUGGAAUUCGUGUCAUCACGGACAGCUCCAGAGAAUGGAUCUCUUCACUACGAGCAGCGCGUAGCGUCGAGCAUGCUCUGGUGAACGUUCAUGGAUUAACUCGUCAAGAGAUCUCUCAAAGUCCACUACACUCGCAUGCAUUGAUCAUUAAUCGGACAGCCAACUCGCUUGCAUGGUUUGUGGAAUGCAAGGAUAGGAAAAACCGCUCCGCCGUGAUGCUCCCAUACGCAUAUCUUCCAACAAUGGCCGCAAAGCAACUUCGUGAGGCUGCCGAAAAGAUACAGCAACGUCUUGGGGACUAUGAUGCGAUGCAUGUCCGGAGAGGAGACGUGCUGAAGGUUAGAAAAGACGGGCAGGGGGAGAAAAAGACCAAAUUCCCACACCUGGACAGAGAUACACAGCCAGAAGCAAUUCUCCGGCGGAUAUCCGCCUGGGUACCACGGGGACGGACACUCUACGUUGCGUCCAACGAGAGAAAACCGGGCUUCUUUGAUCCAUUGGGAUCCAGAUAUAAGAUUGCAUCUUCAUCUAAUUUCAGUGACAUCCUGGGCCCUGUUAUUCAUAACAAUUACCAGCUUUUUAUUGUGGAUCGGCUGGUUCUCUCCGGCGCAAAAACGGUCAUACAGACAUUUAAAGAGAACCCCGGGGACCUUAGCCUGACAGACGACGAGAAGAAAGUCCUCAGGUGGCAAAAACCUGUCUAUACGUUUGAUUGAGAAACGGCACGCAGCACAAGCAGAAGCUUUGUGCUUCCCAAAACCAGGUUUUAAAAGCAUUGAACGGGGAACUUUAGCUCAUGUUGCGGUAAGCAUACUAACUUUUCGUGGUCUCAACUCCAGAGCUGAAACGGCUUAUUGGAUGUAUGUAUGCAUUGCGUCUAUGGGAUGUGAGUGCAUACAUGCCCAUCGAUGUGAUGCAUUAAAGCUUCGCCAACGUGCUUCUCGUGGUAUGGACUAUAAAGUCGCUCCCGUUUUGCUCGCGGCACGACGAAGUCCUUGAAAAAUCAUUUUAAAUUGAUAAAACUUGUGUAUAUUUCUAUAUUUGAUCUUCCAGGAGUGGUGCCGAUAAACCCAGUCGAUCUCUUGCUUGGAGCGCCUGCAACAGCAGUUUGUGCUGAAGGCAGCGACGAAAAACACGAGAGCUUGUACGAGAAAUCCAAGCAACGAUCCGGAGAGCAGUCCCUGUGCACACAAGAUGAAAAAGCUCCAAGCGUGAACAACUCAUCGAACCUCUACUCGAAGAUGAAAGACAAAUCCCAGCACAUAUGAUAAAGGCAACCCGACAACGUAAUACGCUCCAAUGUUUCCAAGUGCUGCUAUGGAUUGCCAUCCACAUCCGGAAGCGACUCCUGCAACAACAGGAAAGGAACUGAGUUUCGCCGUUAUCCCACUGGACAUAUGAUACGAACCAUAACCAACGCUGUGGAGGGCUGAAAGGAUGACGAAACCGCUCGCAAACGGUAUCAUCCUUCCAACGUAGGACACAACUUGGCUGUCGCUGCUAAAGGCGUGUCCCACGACGUUCCUGGAGAGCAGCAAAACCAGCAUUGCCAAGGUUGCGUAGACUAAACAAAUGAGCACUGCUACUCUGAAAGCAAAA